GCUUGAUUAUGACAAGUAAUCAAGCCUUGAUGUCUUGAACUGUCAUAUCAAUUUUAUAUUUAGUUAUGGAAUAUAUUAUAAAAUUUUUUAUGACGUGUAAACAAAUUAGAAUAAUUAAAAUUAUAGCAUAAAUAAUUUUUCUAAUAAUGUCAAUGUGUAAAAUAAAGCAUCAACAUUUUACAUAAUCUUAACCUAUCAUUUAUGAUAGCUUCUGUAUGCAUAAAGUUGUUAAAAGUAAUUUAUAAUUAUAAACAAUGGGGGGGAAUCACAUUGGAAGUAUUAUCAUAUGUGUUCUAGUGUUGUUCACUUUUGGAGUAAUCUAUGUGACGACGAAAAUAGUGAAGUCUUUUGUAGAUAAUCAAGGAGAUAUAUUAAAUUCUCCGGUAUCAUAUAGUUGGACCAUGAGGUUAAGUCUUAAUUUAUUAGGUUAUUCCACUAUUUUACUACCUGGAUACAUAGUUUAUAAAUAUGUAAGAUACAGCAAGUACCUGCAACGAGCUGGAACCGGAAUCAUCCCAAAAAUAGUCCAAAAAUGUUUUGUAGGAAGUGGAGAAUCGGGAAUACUUGAUUCUUCUACUUAUGUUCUCCAACCAACUAACAGUCAUAUACAACGUACAUUUUCUCAUGAUGCCAUUCUACUUGCUUAUUGUUUUAUUGGGUUACAAGUUAGCUAUUUAACAUGGGGAUAUUUGCAAGAAAAAAUUAUGACACAGGAAUAUGAAAAUGACGCUGGUGAGAAAGAACAUUUCAAAGACUCACAAUUCUUAGUAUUUGUAAAUAGAAUUCUUGCAUUCACCAUAUCAGGACUGUACUUACUUGUAACAAAGCAACCUCAACAUACUACUCCAAUGUACAAAUAUGCAUUCUGCUCUUUAUCAAAUAUUAUGAGCAGCUGGUGUCAAUAUGAGGCUCUUAAAUAUGUUAGUUUUCCUACUCAGGUUUUAGCCAAGGCCUCGAGAAUAAUUCCUGUAAUGAUAAUGGGUAAAAUUGUGUCACGGAAUUCGUAUGAGUACUAUGAAUAUAUUACAGCCCUAUUAAUAUCAAUUGGUAUGACAUUAUUUAUGUUAGGCAGUACAGAACGUGAGAAUGACAGUGCUACAACAAUUUCUGGAGUAUUGAUUCUUAUCGGAUAUAUGAUAUCAGACAGUUUUACUAGCAAUUGGCAGAAUGCUCUCUUCACAGAGUAUGGAGUAACUAGUAUUCAAAUGAUGUGUGCAGUUAACAUGUUCUCAUGUUUAUUGACAGCAACAUCGUUAUCUCAACAAUCUGGUUUCACACAUUCGCUAUACUUUAUAAUGAAGUAUCCUUCCUUCAUAGUAGAUUUAUUUCUUAUUUCUAUUUUUUCCGCGAGCGGACAACUAUUUAUUUUCUACACCAUAUCUAAGUUUGGUGCUGUUACAUUCAUUAUAAUAAUGACGAUCAGACAGGGAUUGGCCAUUCUCUUGUCAUGUGUAAUAUACAAACAUAAAAUUACCAUUUUUGGAGUAAUAGGAAUAUUUGUUGUGUUUGGAUCGAUAUUUUUACGAAUUUAUUGCAAUAAUAGACUUCGAGCAAUUAGAAGACGACGAGCAGAGAGCGCAGCUAUAAAAGAUUAGUUAAUUAAUAUUUAUAUUAAUAUUAUUACAAUACAGUAACUAUUUUUUUUAACUUCAUCUUUUUUUGUAA